CAGACAUUUAUCAUAAAUGAGGGAGUGACUGUCAUCACCUGUUACAUAGUUCAACUUCCUGAUUCCACAGGUACAAGGUUGCAGGGAAUAGACUGCUAGCUGUGAGACAGAGAGAGAAAACGUGAAACUGAGUGAGAGUGACAGGCAGACAAAGGAGCAGAACAAGAGACAGUCAGAACCGAAACAGGAAAGUCAAAGAGAGAGAGAGAGAGAGCAACAGAGAACAAAAUAAAAAGAGAGAGUAAAACUUUGAAAGAAAGAAACAGAGACAGACAGGAGAACAGAGCAAAAGACAGAGGGAGAAUAAAAGACAGACAGAGAUAAAAAGGGGACAAACGAGUGAAAGAGACAGAUACAAUAAGUGAAAAAAAGGAGAUGGAUUGAGGGACAAUGCCACUUGAGGCAGAGGCAGCCAAGGUGAGUCACUUUGCAUCCCAGCCAGACUGAGGGAAUAGUACUGGAACUUUCCUGGGGUUAGUGACAUUUUAGGGCAUUGUCGCUUUCUAUAUAUAAUGUGUAAUAAUUAACACAGACAGGAAAGAGAGAGCAUCAAAGCCAGUGUUAUACAAGGAAACUAGGAAGUGCCAUUAGUUGAUUCGGGAUAAGGCAGCGAUAUCAAUCACAGGCGAAGAAGAUGAACGUUUCCUGACAAAGCGCACAUAUCUGAAUAGUGGGAAUUGCUGGAUAUUGACAAGGGGAACCUACAGCAUCCAGAGACCGAGUGACAAGAGACUGCCUGCAGUGGGUGAGUGAGCAGACGGCUGAGGAAUGUCGUGCAAACAGUACUGACAGGGUUAUUCAAUAAAGUGGGAUAUGUUGGGAAUUCAAAGUAAAUUCAAAGUGAAUUCCAAAUUUUAAAGGAAUUUGGCUAAUUGCUCUGUAAUCUAGAUGUGUCAAAGCGCAAAGUAACUUUAUAUAUUAAAUUGUAUCAUUUAUCAUUCCGUCAUUAUGAGACUAAUUCACUGAACUGCAAAGGUUUAGGUCACUAUACAUUUUGUGGAAAAAUAGUCAAUAUAGAAUAAAAGUUAGCGUGAAGAAUUUAGUUCAGAUCCUCUUAUUUUGGACUAGACUUGCAAAUCUGCGUUUAGUGGAUGACGGAUUUACCGUUUAACAAUUCUCAUCAUUUAAAAUAUUUAUUAUAAGCAGGUUUUCGCUAAUAUAAGGAUGCAAUUGUAAUUUGAAAUAUCGGAAACUUUAACACAUGGCAUCAAUAUGAGCCAAUAUACCACAAAAACAUACCAGCAGCACUGUUUAAUUAAGUGCCCUCCUUUCAGUAGUUUUGGUGGAAGAAAGAAGUGAGAAGUCAGAAGUGACUUUCAAAUUUAAGGUCGCAGUAGCCAAACUCAAGACGUAGAUGACUUAGAGAUCUUUCCCAGUUCAGCGAUUUUGACUUUUUAAAUUCACUUUGAAUUCUCACUUUAGAGAAUAAGCCCUAUUGUGUUAAUGCUCCAGUACAGAUGUGGUGCUGCUCUCAGAGUUACUCUAAUUUUGGAUUGACAAGCUGAAGAUGAGGGAACGGAAGAUUUGGACAGUUAUUCCUAAAGUGCCACUGGUAUAUUUUAUUUAUUCUUGUGAAUUCUAAGGUUUGAGUAUCAGAACUACACCCGAGUAAAAGCAGAUAUUCUUUGCCAGUAAUGCUUAAUUAACAAAAUGCAUAGCUCAGCUCUAUAGCUUCAAUCGGGUGAAGGUCUUUAUAUAAAUUAUAGUGUGUGUGUAUGUUCGCAAUUGUGUGACAUGUUUACUGAUAUUGAAAGUGUGUGACUAAAGUGUACAUGUCAGAUGCAACAUGUGUCUCUAAAUACGUAAAAUGUGUGUGCGCGCGCGCACGCGCGCGUGUGUGUGUACAUUUAUUUGUAGGUGUGGCAAGGGAAAUAAGAUGUGUGUAGGGGGUGUUUGUUUAUAUUUGUGUGUGUAAUUGUUUGUGGGCAUAGGGAGUAUAUUACAUGUAUUGGGUAAAGUGUGAGGAUAUAAAAUAUGUGUUUUAUGUUUACAUUUUAAGUGAAGGGAUUACAAGUAUUAAACUGUGUGUAGGUGUACAGAUUGAUGGAGGUAUAAGAUGAGGGGUAAUGUUUGGAGUGCACAGGACAAGGUGUGGAUAGGGGUACUGGUGUACGGUAUACUGAGAAUGGAGCAGAGGUUGGGCAGGAAGAAAAUAUGUUAUUUUAUUACCACCCCCCAAAUAAAUCCAUGAAUACUGCUACAAUGUGUACAGCCCUUCCGCCGUCAUUCUUGGGUCUGGUUUAGGGCAGAUUGAAGCUGAAAUAGAAACAUAUUUAGUUAUUACUGCAGUGUCAACAACCUUUCACAUUUUUUUUAGAAUAUCACUUUCCUUAUAUGGUAAUAAGAUAUAUAUCGUAUAUUCACUAAACUGAGGAUUCUGGAGAAAGUUCCCUUAGAUGGUAAUAAGAUAUAUAUUGUCUAUUCACUAAACUGAGGAUUCUGGAGAAAGUUCCCUUAUAUGGUAAUAAGAUAUAUAUUGUCUAUUCACUAAACUGAGGAUUCUGGAGAAAGUUCCCGUAUAUGGUAAUAAGAUAUAUAUCGUCUAUUCACUAAACUGAGGAUUCUGGAGAAAGUUCCCGUAUAUGGUAAUAAGAUAUAUAUCGUCUAUUCAGUAAACUGGGAUUAGUGUAGAACUGAACAGGGUAUUGCAGAUUUAAAGGGUUGCUCAAACACUGUGACCACUUCAGUGAUUUGAAGAGGGCAUGGUGGUAAGAGUCUGUAUGUGCAGCGGUUCUGCUUACAUACAGAGAUAGACGCAUGGAGUCUGAGCCAGUGAAUUAGUCCAAUCAAAUUUGAGUAGACCCUUCCGAGUCCCUUGACGACAAAAGAUUGAACCGGAGAGAGCAGCAUCAGGAGCUUUGUUCGGUGCUGGAAAUUUGGGUUUUUGCCUUUCUUUUUCAGGUUUUAAAAGGGGGGACCUAGCUAGCAAUACUCAUUUUAAAAUAACAUUUAAAUAAAAAUAAAUAAAAUAAAAAGGUAAGGUUAGUGAAACCCUUUAAAGCCAAAAUACCUGAACUGAAAAUUAGUUGGAGAAACCUGUGCAAGUCUUGUGCAAUUUCUCCAUCACUCCCAAUUUUGUGGAUACACCACAAAGGGUUAAUUACGCAGAGCCUUUCUAGUGUUCUUCACUGGCAUUAUGGUCUGUGAUGGCAGCUAACUUAAUAAACAGGUUAUCACAGCGAGGACUCCCCAGGGCACCAGGGUGUUAUCCCAGUGCUAAUUAAAGAAUACUGAUGUCUUCAUAUUAUUUACAAAUGGUAUCCUCCCUAAUCAUGUGCCGUAUCACUGGCAUCAGAAGGGAUAUUCUGGAACCAGCAUGCCAGCUGGGAGGUGGUUUGCCACAGCUAACAGGCGUUGCCACAGGUGGCACCUGUCUACAGGUGGUGGUUGCUGCAUGGUAAGAGCCUGCUCUGCAGAUUUAGUUGAGCUGAGUUUAUGGGCAGCGAGGGAGCUGCUGAGGUCAGCCCGUACUCUCACUGUACAGCUCCCUUGCCAUCUGAACUGAUGCCAGUGGUUGCUGGGAUGUAACUUUACUCCAUCACUGGCAGGAGGACAGAGCUGCAGGGGGCUGUGCACAAACUGACCCAGCAGCUCCUACUGCACCCCAGGGCCAAAUAUCCAAAUAAAAAUAAAGUGUGUGUAUGCGUAUGAAUGUGAGAGUAUGUGAAUAUUAGAUUUGGAGAUUAGUUUCAGACAGAACUGCAAUUCAGUCAAAUUUAAUUUAAGUCUGUAAUUCAGGUAAUUCAAAUGUAUACCUGUAUUACAGACUAUCCAAAAUGUAUAAUGCCAACCAUGUUGGGGAGUGGAGGGGAUGGGGCGAGGUGGGUCAAUAUUCUGAACUCUGCCCUUGGCACCAAAAAUAGAGAUGAUUGAUGGGGAAAAAAUAUGACUGGUGACUAAGGUGGCAGUCACUAAAUGUUGAUUUGUUUGACAGAUCAGGUGAGAAGAGAACAAUGGAGUUAAAUUGUGUGUACGUGUGUGUGUGUGUGUAUGUAAAUUGUAUGUGUAGGUGUGUUAUCGGAAAUAAGAUGUGUAUAGGAGGUGUAUAUUUAUGUAUUCUUUAAUUAGACUUGAGAAACACCCCUGUGCCCCGGGAUCAAGCACAGGAUUAAAAUACAGGAGUAGCAGUAAAACAAAUCUAUGUUUUUAUAUUAAAUACAAAGAUAAAUAUAGAUUUAUUUUAUUUUUUUAAUGCUCCUACUGUUUUUCCCCUUAUUGGUUAUUACUUAUCAGGCAGGAAAAUGAUCCUGUCUGUGUAAUGCAAAAUACAUACAUAAUACGAUAUUAUUAUUGCAUAAUGUGAUAUUAAUGUUAUAUAAUAUGACAUAAUAAUUAUGAACGUGGGCAUGUGUGCGUAUGAAUGUUUGUGUGUAUGUAUAUGAAUUUGAGCGUAUGUGUACUUAUGUAAAUGAGAGUGCAUAUGUACAUAACUUCCCUAAAAAAAGGGUGUUAGGGGAAUUUCAGAGAAACGCAAAAAAAAAAAAUGAAUGCCGUUCAGAUAAAAGAACAGAUCAGGAUACCCUCGGUAUGACUUAUGUCAAUCUAUACAGAAGAUGUGACUCACAAAAUGAAAGAGAGAUGAGGUUGUCAUUCCAUUAAUUCAUACAGUCACAUCUCCCAGGCACAGUCUGUCCAUAGGGGAUGCAGCCUGAAGACUCAGUAGUCACUGGGCUGGUGGCCACAAUGGAGACAUUUCUACACUAGCUUGGGACAAUGCUGAUGAUGACUGAGCCCAGUCCUGACUGGCCGUACAUUACUGUUUACCUAUUGAACUAGGAAUUAUGUUGAAUUGACAUAUUACACAUUUUUAGUGAACAUCCUACGAAACUCAUUGUACGUUAAUUGAGGGCAUAUCUCACCCAUCCCGUUAAAUGUUGAAAGGGCCACUAAAGGGUGGCUUUACCAGCUGUGUUCUAAUAAAAUAUUAAAUGGAAUGUAUUAAUACAAUAAUAAUAUAUUUUCUUCUUUUGCAAAUUUCCAAAUGAUCUUAUCGUGUAGUAAUGAUUGACAGCUGGCGACAACUAAAACCAAGCACUGCAUGAUGUCUCUUGUCCAAUCUUUGGCCUUCCAUUGAUUUCAAACUGAGAAUGUGUGAGCAAUGCAAAAACUGCUUACAUGCACAUUUGGCAUUUCUAUCAAUUAAAAAAGACAAAUAUUACUACUUAAUAAAACUUUAGAGUUUUAUAUAUUUUAGAGUAAAUGUGCUUUUACAAGCACGUAAAAAAUGAAAAGAAAAAAAUUGUGGCAUAUGACUUCAUUUCUUUGUGUUGCUGUACAAUAAAAGGCAACAGCAACAAAGGGCAGCACAUAAAAAAAAUUGCAACAAUAUGUUUAAAAAAAUAUUACCUUAUUUUUGUGUGUGAGGUCUCUUUAAGAUUCUAAACUAUUUUCUCUUUCUUUUCAGCUGUCUUUCCUCGCCCUCCACCAUGGCAUCUACAAAUGUGAAGAAGGGUGUCCAUCGUGUGACGUUAACGCUUGGAAUGAUCCUCUUGCUGAUCGGCGUGGUCAUGCUGUCAGUCUCUGAUCGAGUGUUCAUACUUGGAGUCUGUUUCAUGGGUGUUGGUAGUCUCCUUGUUCUCGGUUACCUUCUGAUAACCUUUUCGCACUGUUUGAGAAAGCCUGCACGAUCUGAAGAUAGUGAACGACAAACAGAAAUUGAGACACGGAACAGAGCGCAGGCACAGACUGAAAUGUAAGCCCAAGUAAAGUGUGACAUAAAAACCUCUUUCUGUCCUUUCAUCACUCUAAACCACUGCCUUUCCUCUAUUUACUGGUUAGUUUUUCUCUGUAGACCCCUCUUAUUAAGACAAAAUACAGCAUUUGUGAUUUUUGCUAAACCUUUACAGACAAUGAAACAGCAGUGUUUGUAGGUGAUGAGGAGGCACAUGUGUCUUUGCCGUAAUUUCUUUUUAUACCCAAUAAAAACCUUUUACACCGAUGCUCCCUUUGCACCCUUCAGGGAUUUUAAGAACCGGUGAACACUGAAACAAUAGGUCCAGGGCAAGGAAGAUAAUUUAGAAUACUUUCUGUACAUAAAAGCUGUAGGACUUUAUUCAUAACAAGGUUAAAACCACCUUGACUAAGGCAUUAGAAAGCCUAAAAAGUCAGAAAAAACAUUCUACCACAAGAAAAGCACAAAGACAAUUUGAGACUCAGAGUUUCUGAGUGUUCUACGGGGUCCAAAACGCAUCCCCCUGUAUUCCAAUGAUAUGUAUAUUCAAUGAAUAUCAAACUGAUUUUAUUCAUUACCCUUCAAUCGAGGUUGACACAUGCUAUCUUGUCCACGUUUGACCUGACAAACUUUUCGUGUAUGGGGUUGAUUACAGCUCUGAUAUUGGCAUUAUUCCUGUGGCAUAUAUUUGACCUUCGUAAAUUUUAUUUUUUGCUUUUUCUAAAGUUCAUAGUUUUGGUAUCCUGAUUCUUUUUCAAACUAUUAUUUAAUUGCGUAGGUUGUUACCUGUUAUAAUGCAACAUUGAAACAGCUGGGGGCAAGCAUUUUAUUUUCUGUUUUCUGUUACUGACACUAUAUCACAGCAGCAUUAUGCUCUAGCCCAAAGCCAAAAGCACAGUGUAAAACAAAAGGAAAAUAAAGUCAGUUAUACAAUAUAAAGUAUCAACCAUGAUGAAUUUUGGGCUAAUGGGAUGAAGAAAGUACAGUCAUUAUUAUUUCAUGUUGUGUUAAUGCUUAUAUUCUUCUCUCCCCAUCACACAGAGAUCCUAGACAGUUCGAUGCUCCACCUUAUGAAGAAGUUAUUGUCCACGGAUCUUCCACAGUGUGGACAGUGACCCUUGGUCCAGGGACAGAGGCAGAACCUCCUCCAUACAGUGCUGUGCCGCAUGGCAUAGGAGGGGUAAGACUGCAUCCUCCAACCUUGCUACGCAUUAGCUCCGACAUCCAUGAGAUCAAGAAUUUUAGUGUGAUCUAUGGACAGAAAUGGCCAGAGCCACUGACCCCACCACCAUUAUACAGCGAGACCACGUUCGAUGAUGUAUUUGAGCCUUCUCCAUGAGAAUUCAAAGGCCUAAUGCUUUGUACAUCACAAUGGACAACAAAACCAAUGCAAAACAAAAUGAAGGAUUGUUGUUCCAAAGGAGAGGUUGAGAGCUGAGUGCACCUCCACCCCCCAAAAAAGUGACAGUGCCUUAAAGAACAAAUUGAAAAUAAGUGCACCACAGACCAAAACAAAGUGUCAGUGCCUUGGAUAACAGAUUGAAGGCUAAGAGCAUCACUAAACAAAAUAACGGGUUAAUGCCCCAAAGACAUACUCAGGGUUAAGUGCAACACAGGCCUCAAUUAAGUAUUUGAAGGUUAUUUACAAUGGAUGAAUUAUGGCAAAGUUCUGAAAGUGGAGCAUUCAGUAGGUUUUCACGGUGAUUGAUCAACUUUCAGAAUUAAGCACUUCAGUUUCUCAUUAUAAAUGACCCCCUUUGUAUGUUAAAAAAUGGAAAGAAAGGUAAUAUGAAGUACUGAGUGAAUACCAAAUGUUCUACACGUCAAAAUAAUGGCACACUGAAGAGAAGUGAAGCUCAAUGCUAUGCGGAAAAGUAAAUCAAAGCUUACUACUCUGCUGGACGGAGUUGAAAAUUAUGGCUCCAAAGAUAAAGACUUUUAUCUCUUAUUACUCUGCAGCAACAAAGUAUGACUAAAGGUAACGGCUCAUGGCUUUAUUGGGCACUUGUCGAGAACACUUGUCGAGAACACUACACAGCUAUUCCAUUGUGAAUGUGGUUAAUUUGUGACAAAACAAUCUGCAAAUGGAGCCAUAGGUGGAAAAAUUAGAACAAAUUCCAAAUUAAAGACAAAAAAAAAAAGAAGCUUUUUAUACCAUCUGAGGAUAAAUAUUAGUCUGGAUACAGUGGGAGUCUCUCACGUGGUUCUGUACUAAGGACAUACAGAUGGUGAGCCCACCAUAGCCCGCAAGGACCACAGUAAUUAAAGGCCACUCUUUGGUACGUUUGUUGUUGCAAACUCUGAUAAUCACAAAGGGGCAACCCACAUCAAAGUUUAGUGAAUAUGAACUUGUGAGUUAUUAACAUGAAGAAUGCAAAUGUUUACUAAUUAUAUAUGUAUAUUAUUUAUGUUAUUUAUUGAAUAUUGGUAUAUUGUUGAUGAAAAGUCAGAUUAUUAUUUUUUUCAUUAAAAUCUGUGGAUUACAUGGUAUCAAGACUGGCACAUAUAGUGCAUGUACAAAGCUGUCCUAAAUGUCCCAGAUUAAUCCCUGAUUACCAUGAUGGCAUUAGUAGGAUGGAAAAUUGGAGCAAGGGUUGCCACAUCCACCUUACUUUCUUGGACACAUUUUUCUGUCAUGUUAAUAAACAGCAAAAGAAAAGUGCUUCCAUGCAGUGCAUGCAACUGCUCAGGUAGUAAACAAAUUAUUUAAUCAAGAUUUAAUUCCCAAAUCAUGUGGAUUCACUGUAUUGCAGUGUCAUUUUUGUAUUUUCAAAAAUUAAACCGAAAAACAUUGCGAAGGAAAAUAGGGAAUUUUUGGUAACCCAAAUUAAGGAACUCGCCACCUCUGAUGCACACAGUGUCCUAGAAUAGCUAUUUCGAUUUUCGUUCUUUCUCUGCAAGCAGUGGGGACACAUAACCAUUUACAGACAUUUUUAUUUGUUUUAGAAAGAGGAGGGAGGAUGUUUGCACUGUUUUGCUUGUUCCCAAUUGUAUCGAUGCUUCUGUUUUUUGUUUUUUUUUACAUACGACAUCUCUCUGAUUAAAGCAGGAGUGUUGGUGUAAAAAUUUUCUGCUUUAAACUAGUUACAGAAUGGCGCUGUCUAAAGGUCUGCAGCUGGAGGUUUAAUGGGGACGUGAGGACGUUAGACGCACCCAGAUCAUCUGACAUAUUUCAUCUUGUGCCACCUCGCUGUGACUCAGCAAUGCAAGCCUUCUGUGCCUUGAACAGGAUUGUAAACAUGACUUAUAGAAAAAACGUAUGCAACAGGACUGCGUUUAUAGAAAACACUACUGUUCCUAUGGUACUGAUUACAACCCUGAAAUAUGAAUUUAUUAAGAAUAUCACAGUGGUUUCCUUAGCCAAUUGCUCUGUAGUGGUUAUGGUGCAUGGAAUGUUCCAAUAACCCUUGGGUUUUAAUCCACAAUUGAGACCCUGUGUUAUUUUUUUUGUGGGUCUCCAUCGAUUGGUACAGACAAGUCUAUGGAAGCUACCUUCAUUGUAUAAAUGACUAAGACGGCGCUGCCUUUUCAAGGGGGAAUAGAAAACCUGACUUACACUGGGGGAAAGUGUGACCCAUUUUUGUCCAAUUUUUUUUUCAUAUAUAUUAUGUUAUAAUUGAAUAAUGGGUCACUGAGUUAGUGUUAUAAUUGAACAAUUGGACUUUGAGCUAAUACGUGUACAAAUUAAAAUUCCUGCUGAAAAAUAAAAAAGGUUAAGAACCUCUAGUCUAUAGGGACUGACACACUUUGGUUCUCCAACUUUUGCAGACUACCACUCUCAUAAUGUGUGACAAAAAACUUCAAAUGAAAAUAGAAUGUUAGAUCCUCUGUAUACUGAAAUGUGGAACUUAUUUAUAAGCAGUAUAAAUAACCUUUCGUGUUGUAAAUAUAAUACAUUAUUUUCUGGUUUGCCGUGGCAGUGACAAUGAAAAUUACUGCAAUAUAUGAAACGGGAUAUGGAGAAAUUUUGUUUAACAUCUUUGUUUUCUUAUGACAUCAAUGCACUAUAGAUUGAUUCCUCCUAUUCACUCUUUACCAAUAUGACCACUUUGAUAAUGGAGUUGCAUGUCAUUACUUCAGACUUCGGUUUCAGGAGGGAAGUGAUAAGUGUUAUUGAUAAUGCAUUUUAUUAUUCAUAAAUAUCUGUUUGCAAAAUGUGAUUUUUUAAAAAUGUAGCUGUGCUGAAACUAGCAGGGUUAUCCACUAAAGUGAGAAUUUAAAGUCAUUUUAAAGUAAAUUUCACAUUUAAGUCCACAAGAGCCAAACUGGAAACACAGCUGACACAACGUUUUCCCAAUAUUUCCAGAAUUUUUCCAAUUCAGCUAUUUUUACUUUAUUGAAUAACACAGUAGGAAGCAAAUUUGAGGAACCUUGCAUGUAAAUUUAAAUGUUACUGCCCUGGUGGCUCAGUAAUAAUAAGCAAUGUGCCCCCCUUUCUGCAGAAACAAUGUAAUUAUUGGUCUUUUCAUUUGCAGCUUUGUAAAAAUAUAAUUUAUUUAAUUUCCUAAUAAAAUGUGCAAUUCUUUGA